AUGUCCGACAGAUUGGAUCUGGCGCCGAAUCCUCGCUGCAGAGUCUGCAGAGCCAUCGUGCGCAUGAUCAAGACGCCACUUCGACGUCAGUUCAGUCAGAGCAUAUCAUUUACCGAAGACGAGGAUCCCGUGUCGUGGAACUGUGCGUUCCACGAGCCGCUCCUCCACCUUUCUAACCCCCAUGACAAUGGCAUCAUCUCGCGCGGCAAUUUGAGCCUCUCGAAGUGGAAGGGUCAGCCUGUGUUCAGAGUAAAAAAUACAGUGUUGCAUCUUGCGCGUCGAGACAACGUGCCGUGCCAUUGGGGCAUGGGCAGGAUCCUUGGACAUGAAUGGAUCGACCUGGAUGUCAUCAAGGGCUUUAUCGACAACUGCGCGCAGAACCACGGGGCCAUCUGUGCAAAGUUCCCGUUUGGUGACGCGCCGAAUGCCAUCGACGCCCCUCGGCCCGCGUUCCUAAUCGAUGUCGAUGCAUCGUGCGUGGUUGACGCAUAUGAUGCGGCAACCGGCGAACCGUUCACCAUGCUCAGUUAUGUGCGAGGCGACCAAGGAGAUCACAUCAGUCUGACCACACGCAACCUCAAGGAGCUGCAGCAACCCGGCGGAUUGAAAGCGCUCGGAACGUUGGAGUUGAUUCCACGCACGUUUCGUGAUGCGAUGAGUCUCGCCGCGCUCCUCGGGAUCCGAUACAUCUGGAUCGACCGGCUCUGCGUACUGCAAGACGACGACGCGCACCGCCGGUCCGAGAUGACCAAGGUAACCCUCUUGUCGGUCUGCGCGGUAUUUGUCAUUGCCGAGUGCGACGGCACGAAUGCCUCGCACGGCAUAAGGGGCAUUCGCGAGAUUCCCGACGCGCAGCCACGCUCCUUUGCACAGAAGUGGGCCGCGUUUGGAGAUGGCGAGGCGUUUGUGCGCUCUGCCGCUGUCCGGCGAGGCCAUCAGGUUGAGGCGGGCCGCGCGUGGCGCGAUGGCGUCACAUACACGUGUCAGGGCGACACCUUUGCCGAGACGGUCCUGGCCCGCCGCGUGCUGCGGUUCGAAAUGGGCACGGUCCAGUGGCGAUGCCGGUCAUGGCCGACGUAUUGCGGCGACGAGGAGCAGGAUGACCAUAUGUGGGAGGACUGCGCCCAUCGCUGCGACCGAGCGAGAUGGCAUUGCCAGAUGGACUGGCCAACGGUGAUCGAGAAGGAGGAGGAGUGGGACAGCGAAGAAUCCGACGAUGACGGGCUAUCGGACGGUGGACCACCGCACUGGACGACGGCACUGGCUAAGCCAUGGCCGGGGGUGAGAGAGUACUACUCCAUGCUCAUGGACCUGACCGCACAGAAGAGUGUCAAGCCCAGCGACAUGCCCACCGUCCUCGGCGGACUGGCGGUUACCUUUGCGAGGUGCUUUGGGGGUCGUAUAUUUUGCGGCCUGCCCGAGACAUUCUUUGACGCCGCCCUGCUUUGGAGAAUCCCAGCGCGAUCAGUACCGUCGGGACACGGCUAG